GGGAUUUAUGGUGAUCGACAAGGCAGGACACAAAACAGAUGUAUGACUUCACAACAAUACAAUGACAGAACUAGGGAAACAUACUCUGACUUGGACUUAAAUACACUAAACUAAUGAAAACAACUUGAAACAGCUGAUGACACGGGGAUUCCAUACGAGGUUAACGAGGGGGACGUGGCACACAAGACGAUUGGAGAGCGGGGUAUGACCACUUCAGGAAGGAGUUCCUCACUGUCCUGCAAAUUCCAUGGACUGUUUUAGGGUGGGGCCAUGAGCCAUCCCUUCAUUUGCCUACAGACUGUUUUGCCAUAUUAUACAUGUGGAAGCAACGUGCACAACACAGCUUUUGCGGGAACAGUGGUGGUGAUACUUGAGAUGAAGUGAUAUGAUCUGUCUGACUUAAACUGUGUGAAGAACAGGAAUACAAACUGAUCCAGCCUUUUUUUGAAGUAUUUCAAGGAAGAUAAAGCUCCAUUCAACAUCAAGCAGAAGAAGCAGGAGAGAUAGGACAAAUGUCUGUUUUUCAGCUUCCCCAACAGCCAGGAGAGAGAACAUCCAUGGAUAUGGUGAUUCAUAUCUACAUAUUUUUCAGCUUGUUUACCAUUCACAGUAUUAUUGGAAGCUGCCCAAAUGCUUGCCAGUGUGAACAAAACAUAAUGAUUUGCUCUGGUCAUCUGGUCAUAAAGUUCCCACCAUUCUUGCCCCCAGCCACCAUGGAACUCUUAAUAGUGAAAAGCAACAUCUCAUUAUUGACACCAAGUGAUUUUGACAAUGGCUUUGAAUCUCUCUCUGGUUUUGUAGUAAAGGACACAGAAUUAGCAGAAAUUUUGCCUGGAACAUUUGAUCAUACUAACAGACUUAAAUUGGUAGGCUUUCAGGGAACUAAACUGCAAGAUCUGCCUUCGGAACUAUUCCAGGAAAUGCAAACUCUUGAAUCACUCAUCCUGAGCAACAACAGAUUUCAAGACAUUCACCCAGCUCUGUUCUCCCCUCUGACAGCCCUCAAGAAGCUUGACUUGAGCAAAAAUCUCCUCACCUCAAUCCCAGCAGGUUUUCUGCAUAAGCUAACUAAUCUCCAGCACCUCUCACUGGCUAGGAACAGCAUCAUGCAUCUUUCAGAAGAAACAUUUCAAGGGCAAAGGUCGCUAAAGAUUCUGAGACUAAAUCAUAAUGCCAUAAAAGGGAUUCCAGCAAGCUGUUUCAAUACUCUUGUUAACUUGGAAGAACUAUCCUUACAGGAAAAUCAAAUUGAAUAUCUUGCACCCCAGCUGUUCUCCAACCAGCUCAAACUUAGGAAGCUGUUCCUAUCUAACAAUCAUUUAUCAUUACUGCCUGAGGGCAUCUUCUUACACCUUCCUAGGCUUACUCAAAUAUCCCUCCAUCAAAAUCAACUUCAGGAAUUGUCCACUCGGGUUUUUGGUCCCAUGGCUCUCCAGGAACUCUGGCUAUACGACAACAGACUGACUCAUGUGGGAGACAAUGUGUUCAGCAACUUGACUCAGCUACAACUUCUUGUUUUGAGUCGGAAUCAGAUCAGUUCAGUAUCAAGUGGUGCUUUCAGUGGACUCAUAGAGCUGAGUGAGGUGUCCCUGCACACUAAUCGUCUUACGAGCCUUGAGGAGUGCACCUUUAGUGCACUGCCCAAACUGGUGAAUAUCUCGCUUGAGCACAACCAAAUUCAGACUCUCCCAUGGAAGGUAUUUCAGAACAUACCUAAACUGAAGCAGGUAGACCUCUGCAACAAUUCCCUAUCAAGCUUGCCACUAAAACUUUUAGAUACAUUUCAGAUGAUUGAAGAGGUUAUCCUCUCUCAGAACCCCUGGAAUUGCAACCAGGAGAUCCUGCCUCUCCGAGAUUGGCUGAGGCAAAACUCUUUCAAGGUGCUGAAUUCCAGAAACCUGUUAUGCUUCCACCCUCCUGCCCUGCAUAAUAUUAGUGUUUUUAACCUUACCAAUGAAGACUUGAUGGUAUCACUGACAAGCACCAGUCCUACAUCCACAUCAAAUAGAAGUGCUACUAGUUCUACAUCCAAACCAAAUAUUGCACCAGAAGGGAAGGGAAGGAAUAAAUGCAACUAUGUGGUUCAGAAGGGCCUUUCCCAGAACACGUUCUUCAUCAUCAUCAUUAUAACAAUUUGCACAGUUAUCAUUGCCAGUACAGUCAUCUGCUGUAUUUGUCGAAUGAGAAACAUACACUCCAGUCUAGACUUAUAGCAAGGUAAUAAAAACUGUCAUAUAGACUUUGCAACACUUGACUCACACAUGCCUAAAGUGUAAUUUGAGAUUUAGUUUAAGAAAUUUUUGACAAAGAUAUGUUGUACAAAAAUAACUCUGAUAAAGGGGAUAAAUCAUUGCAUUUUCAAAUAUUUUCUUGUAAUGGAAAAGUCAUAUUAGGUAGGUUUUAGUUUACUUUUUCUUUAGUACAGUUUAGGUAGUGAUCAGAGAUCUACCAAGCUUUACACUGUGAUCUGUUUCUAAUUGUGAUCUAGGUCAGAAUAUCAGAUAACAUACUUUGCUAUCCGGAGAGGGGACAUGAGCUCUAAUGUAUAAUAACUACAGGUGAUUAUUUUAGAUCUUUCCAGAAAAUUUAACAUGUCAUACCCUGAACUGAAAGGAAUAUGUGUUUGCAUGACAUCUGUGCAAUAAUAUAAACUAACCAAAUGCCAUAUGUUUAAUUUACCAAAUAUUCAGCUUUUCAUCAUUGCCUAAAAAACUAAUAAAAAGCAAACAUCUGUUUUGUAACCAUUCAUUUGUCAAUUGUUUCCAGACUUCAAAAAUUAUAAUAAAUACACUCUACGAGAGCAAAAGUACAUGGCUUGAAAAGCUUUUGUUUUCUGUUCUCUCUCUCUCUCUGCACAGCUUCAAACACAGCCUAAUUAAAGAAUUUGAAUAAAGUGUCAA